AUGCAAGAACAUGUUUUUCAUAGUUCAUUUUCAAUUCGAAGUGUUCUUGGAAAAGAUAAUGAUCAUGAUAAUAAUACGGUAAAUAAAACUAAUGAAUAUUUUACUUCAAUAAAUUCAUUAAAACGAACACGAGAUGAAAAUGAAAAUGAUUUAUCAACAAAAAAACGAACAAUUAUUGAUGAAGAAAAUGAUCAAAUUGAUAUUGAAAGCUCAGAAGAAGAUGAAGAAUCAAAAUCAACAAAAAAAUCUUCAUCAUCAAUUUCAAGUGAUUCUGGUUCAGAUGGUACAAAUAGUCAAAAUUUAUCAACAACAACAACAACAACAUCAGUACCAAAAAAUAAAUAUGGUAUUAAACCUGCUUAUUCAUAUAAUGCUUUAAUUAUGAUGGCUAUACGAUCAUCAACACAUGAACGUUUAACAUUAAAUGGUAUUUAUGAAUAUAUAAUGAAAACUUUUCCAUAUUAUCGUGAAAAUAAACAAGGUUGGCAAAAUUCUAUUCGACAUAAUUUAUCAUUAAAUAAAUGUUUUGUUAAAGUUCCACGACAUUAUGAUGAUCCCGGUAAAGGAAAUUAUUGGAUGCUUGAUCCAUCAGCUGAUGAUGUUUUUAUUGGUGCAACAACUGGUAAACUUCGACGUCGAACAUCUACAUCACGAAAUAAUCGUUUAGCAGCAUUAAAACGUUCAAAUUUAACUCCAUCACAUCCAUAUUCUGCUGCAUUUUAUGCAUCAGCAGCCGCUGCCUUACGUCAACAACAAUUUUUUCAAGCUAUUGCAGCAAGUGAAGCAAUACGACAUCAUCAUCAGACACUUUUAGCUAGUUCGAUUUCACCAAAUCAAACGAGGUCAGUGUUGUAA